GCUGUUACCCCAUAAGCUAUCAUAGCAGUCGUCUCAGUUUCUUAUAAAGAUGCAAAACUAACCACAAACUACUCAACUGCCAUCUACCUACGUUGUCUAGGAUGUCUAAAAGGAAAAGCAGCUCUGUCAAUGAAAACCCAAACAAACGGGUCAGAUCUGUCCAGGAGGAAGAAGAGGAGAAUGAAAAUAUUGAUGAUGGAGACCAGGACGAUCCUCUACUGAGUAAUCAGGUGCAAUGUGCUGGUGAGGUGGUGAGUGAUGCAGGGAUUGUGGAGAGCAUCACAUUGAAGAACUUCAUGUGCCACUCACUCCUCGGCCCGUUCACUUUUGGCUCCAAUGUCAAUUUUGUUGUUGGCAACAAUGGAAGUGGAAAGAGUGCCGUCCUGACUGCUCUCAUAGUUGCUUUAGGUGGGAAUGCACAGGCCACAAAUAGAGGAUCUUCCCUCAAAGGUUUUGUGAAAGAAGGAGAAAGCUCAGCUGAUGUGUCGAUUACCCUGCGUAACAAAGGAAGAGAUGCUUACAAACCUGAGGUGUAUGGUCCAGCCAUCAUUGUAGAUCUAAGAAUAACACGCGAGGGGUUGAGAACCUAUAAACUGAGGACCAAGUCAGGUCAACUUGUCUCAACCAAAAAGGAAGAGCUCAUGUCCAUCCUGGACAAUUUUAAUAUUCAGGUCAACAAUCCAGUGUCAGUUCUCACUCAAGAGAUGAGCAAAUACUUCCUACAUUCCAAAGGAGAGGGGGACAAGUAUAAGUUUUUUAUGAAAGCUACACAACUGGAGCAGAUGAGAGAAGACUUCAUCUACAUCAAAACCACCAAGCAUGUCACGGAGGAUAAAGUGGGGCAGAAUAGUGAAUGCUUGAAAGACUUGAAGCGGAAGUACCUGGAGAAAGAGGACCAUUACAAGAGCCUGGCAUCACUUGACGAAAUGCACACGAAACUGGAGGAGCUGCAGAGGCAGAUGGCUUGGGCGUUGGUGACAGAGAUGGAGAAGGAGUUGGAGCCGAUGAAGGAGAAGCUGCGCUCAGACAGACAUUCCACGGAGAAAUAUGAUGAGAAAGUGGACGAGUGGAAGAACAAGGUCGAGGAGGCUGAGAAGAAGUACAAGCAGAUCCAGGAACGGUUGGAGGGAAUCACCCAGCAAGUCCAGGAGCUCCAGCCGAAAUGUGCUGAGCUCAAGGCCGAGGCCCAGAGACGUAAUAGUCUUCUCAAAACCAGCGAGGUGACUGUCCACCGAUGCAAAGCUAACCUGAGGGACCUGGAAAAGGAUAAGGUUCAGUUGUCCUCAAGGAUAAAUGAUCUCAAGCUGAGCAUCAGUCAGACAACAGCAGCUGAGAGUCAGGCCAGGAUGGAGCAUAUGAAGCAGAUACAGGCCAAGCUAGAGAACCUCGUACACCAGGUUUCCACUCUGGAGCAGCAGAUUGAACAGUAUCAGCGCGCCUGCAGCCGUGCCAACGAAGAGAAAGGAAAGAUGAGGAGAGAGCAGGAAGUGUUCCAGAGGUCCUUUGAAGCCAACAGAAGAAACUUACAGACUAUGGAGAGCAGUCGCUCCAAUCGGCUGCGGCGUUUCGGAGAGCACAUGCCCGCAUUCCUCGCUGCCAUCCAGGAAGCUCACAAAAGGGGCCAGUUCAAGCACAAACCCCGAGGACCUCUGGGUUACCUUAUUAGCCUGAAGGACCCAGAGCUGGCCCUGGCUGUAGAAGUUUGUCUUAAAGGCCAGCUGCAGGCCUUCACCUGCGACAACCAUGAGGAUGAGAAGGUGCUGCAGGGCCUCAUGGCCAGAAUGCUCCCCGGAGGCCGCAGACCUACCAUCAUUACCAGCCAGUUCCUCCCUCAACUGCAUGAUACAAGAAAGAGGGCCGUAAAACACCCCGAUUACCCCUCCGUGCUUCAAGUUCUAGAGAUCGAGGACCCAGUUGUGGCCAACUGUCUGAUUGAUCAGAGGGGUAUAGAGAGCAUUCUACUCAUUAAGAAUCGCACAGAAGCUCGGAGAGUGAUGCAGUGUAGAAACCCUCCUCAGAACUGUGUCCAGGCCUUCUCUAAGGACGGAGACCAGAUCUUCAAUAACCGUAGUUACACUGCUGAGCAGACCAGAGCCAACUACCUCUCGGGAGAUGUUGAGGAGGAGAUCAGGCAUUUGCAGAGGGAGAUGGAGAACCAGAAAGCUCAGGCAACUCUCUUCCAGCAACAGAUGAAAAAGUUGGAUGAAGACAUCAAACAAAACGAAGUGCUGCUGAAAAGAGCUCACAUAGAGAAGAAGACUGCCAAAGAUAACGCCACGAAACUACAGCUGGAGCUAACAGAUCUACAGAACGUAGAGGAGCCUCAGUCAGCGGACCUCAAGCCGCUGGAGGAGGAUCUUCAGGAGAUCAUUGCUAAAAUCUCAUCCAAGCGUGCUGAGUACGACGAGGCGCAGACUCAGAUGGCUGACCUCAAGGCCUCCUAUGAGAAGUCAGAGCGGGAGUACAAGCAGCACAAAGAGCAGAUCAACACUGUCGCUGAGGAAGCUGACUCAAUCAAGGAGGAGCUGAGUAAGACUGACCAGGAGGUGAUGAAGUGCAAGCAUCACAAGAAACAUUAUGACGAGAAGCGCAGCGCCCAUCUCCGCAACAUCCAGACCCUCGAAGCCAACCUGGAGAGCAAGGAGAAGGAUCUUCAGACAUCUGUGUCCAAGGCUAAAGAAAUCUGUCCGGAGCGCCUGGAAGUGCAUCGGACAGCCAGGAGCCUCGAUAGCGAGAUCAACCGUCUCAAGGCUAAGAUCUCUACCCAGCAGGAACAACAGGGGGACCGUGAGGAGGUUGUGAGGCAGUACCAGGAGGCUCUGGAGAACUACAAGAACCUUGCACAGCAAAUGAAGAACCUCAACAGCUUCAUCAAAAGCCUCGACAGCGUUAUGAACCACAGGCUCCAGGUUUACGCUGAGCUCAGGAGGUUCCUCUCAGCCCGCUGUAAAUACUACUUUGACAGCAUGCUGGCCCAGAGAGGCUACACUGGAAGUAUGACCUUUGACCACAAGAAUGAAACGCUCUCCAUUUCAGUGCAGCCAGGCCAGGGAAACAAGGCCGACUUGAGCGACAUGCGCUCUCUGUCGGGAGGCGAGCGCUCCUUCUCCACUGUUUGCUUUGUGCUCUCUCUGUGGGCCAUCACAGAGGCGCCUUUCCGCUGCCUCGACGAGUUUGAUGUUUACAUGGACAUGGUGAACAGGAGGAUAUCAAUGGACAUGAUGCUGAAGGUGGCUGCUGGUCAACUCUACAGACAGUUCAUUUUCCUCACCCCACAGAGCAUGGGUACUCUUCCUGUGAGCAAAAUCAUCCGCAUCCUGCAACUGAAAGAUCCAGACCGUGGCCAGAACAACGCACAAAGAAGUCAAGACGAGGACCAGUAGUAUUGCUAGCUCAAUUUUCCAUGAAAGGAGGUGAUGAGACCACUUGGAGUUGUUAAGACCCUCUGUCUGACGCCAGGACACAGGCCGCAGUGGGGGGCGAAACAGUUGUACAUUGAUUCCUGUUUUUAGGUAGUAGUUGUUAAUGUUGAAGAAGUGCAGCCACAUGUUGUUCUUUAUCCACCAAGGUGGCCUCAGUUUUUAGAAGGUUUACUUCUGUCAGUAAAUAAACAAGAAUAAUUGUUCAAA